AUGCCUGAAAGAUUAGCAGAGAAUGCAGUAGUAAACAACAGUGCUGAAUUUUACGACAAGAAUGUAAUGCAAAACGGACCAAAUUUAACCCAAAUUUCCAGAUCGGAUAUACUCAACAAUACGAAUUCAACAAACUGGUGCCACAGCUUCGCUGGUGGUAGCAACAGUCUCGACAGUAAAAAGAAUUUCCAUCUGUCGUUUCCUCCGACUCCGGAAUUGUCCGAGCACCAGCAGGUAUCGCAGUAUAACAACAGUAACUAUCAGGUUGGGCCUCCAUUUCAAGUCGCAUGCCAACAACCAUCCAAUCACGACGGUAACUUUCAGGGUUAUCAAAAUUCGUUGUACAAUUCCGGGUGCCAGUCGUUGAAUAACACCACAAACGUGUACGGUACCAACGUCCCAAAUUCAUCCAGCUACCACAAUCUUCCAUCGUCACCAGAAUCUCUCAGAAAUAUUUCGCCGGAACAUACUGUAUUAACGCCGUCGUUGACGCAGACAAACAACGCGCAGCCACAGCUACCUGGCUACGCGUGUCCCGAAAAGCGCAAAGUUUGUAUCUCCAGGCCGUUCAUAACGACAUUCACGACGUCGCCCACGUCGACGAAUAAUACGCGUAGCAUCACCGCUACCAACGCGGCAUCGACCGCCUCUAACGUGCCGUAUGAGCAGUUACCGUUAACGUACAGUUCCUUAAACUUUUCAAGGAACAAGACGGAGUUUAACGGCGUAAGUCCUGAAGAGCGACAGCAGUCGUGUGGUGGACCAUCCUCGUCAUCCCGAUUCAUUCCGGUCACGACAAAUACAUUGAAUAGAAUUCCUAUUUCAGUCCUGCUGAACGCCAACGUAGGUAUCAGCGAUAACAACGCCUGCGUGGACAGGAACCGUUUCUUGAAAGAGCACUCCCUGAAGACGGCAGUGAUAGAAGAACAACGUAAGUUGCAGCAACCGCUGCAAGAAUCGCCGGUGGUACCACGUUAUAGGGCUAACAACGUGAAUUUCUUCUUGGAACCGGGUCCAACGAUAAAGGAACAAUCCGCGAUAGAUACAAACGUAGCUGGUACCAUUGCUGAUCGUAAUCGCAGCAAUUUUAAACAGCAAUCCUUCUGCGCGGGAAGAAGCACCAGCGAUCCAUCGCUGGUGAAGCACGCGGCUCUGCCGCAUUAUUUAGACACCAUUUCGCCAACAUCGGACAUCGUAACGGAGAUGAAAUACGAGACACAGUCAGGGCCACCGGCGGCACCGCCGCAUCUGACUUCAUCUGGCGUUGAGCCGCCUCAUAGUAGCCAAGGUUCUGGGAUUGUGGUAGGUAAUUCGCCAGCUGAGAUUGAUAGUUUGCUGUUACCAUGGACAAAUGGACCAGAGUUCCUGGAGGGAGGAGUCCCAGACGCAAAACAAACGGCCGUUGGAUUUCAAGACAAUUGGGAUUCGAUCCUAGCUACGACAGUCUCCGAACAGUCAUUGCCGGACGUGAAGCUGCUCCCGCUUCCACCUUUUACCAAUUAUACGGGACACCUUCAAAUCAAUGGCAUUCCUGGGCAUCACUAUCACACAAUAGCCUCGUCUGGCCAAAGAUCGUCGAUUGAUGUGCCGUCUGCCUCCCCCACACCAUCCUCUAAUCAGGAAUUUUUUGAGUCGCCUGUAGUGUCUUCUAGUACUCCAUGUCCACAGGCGAGUCAGAAACAGUCACAACAGCAACAGCAGCAGCAGCAACAACAGCAGAAUCAUCAACAGCCGCAGCAUCAUCAUCCUCACAAUCAGCAACAACAGCAGCAAUUGCCACAGUCGACGCAACAAAUAAUUUACGAAGACAUGGAUGAUAUAGCGCAGAUCAUUGGAUCUGCGAUAGCCGAUACAACGGUUCCAGGGAAUGGAAAUGGACCCAGUUCCGAGCAGGAUACAGACGCUUCAAGGGAUUGGAUAGACAUCGCCGACUGGAUUACGGAUUGUUCACCUAAGACCCAAGAAACAACUUCGCCUAGUACGUUCGCGCAUCAAAUUUAUGUGACAACGACUCCGACAACGCAAACUCAGCAACAUGCUGGUUCGGCGUUGCAAAAUUUGCUCACGCAAAACCCCACUAAGCUUGACUAUGCGCCCUUACUCCAGGCAAGAUUGCAACAAUCUGGAAAUCCCACAAAUUUACAGAACGCUUCGUGUGGUGAAACCCCCUCGUCAACUAGCCCAUUUCCACCGCUUAGUCCGCCUAAUCGGGUAUCUACAUCUUGCAGUCCCGAGGAUAUUUUGCAUUCGUCUUUUGCCACACCCUCCCAUCCCAGAAAGAGGUCACGAUCCUCGCCAGGUUCUGGGGGCUCGCCCUCAAAGAAAGGUCCGACCGCUGGUGCUGUGGGAGUGCAAUACGGAACGGAAUCGAGUUUAAUGAGUGGCAAGGAUAAGCCAAUACAUCGGUGUCAUAUCUGUCAAAGAGGUUUCCUAAAUAAAAGCAAUAUUAAGGUACACCUGCGUACGCAUACGGGUGAAAAACCAUUCAGAUGCGAUGUAUGUAACAAAGCAUUCAGGCAAAAGGCGCAUCUUAUUAAGCACCAACAGAUUCACAAAAGAAUUGGUAGGGAUUAG